CACGGUGCACCUGCAACAAGACUGGAUCAUAAUCUGCCCGGUCCCUUCUCAAAAUUCACUACAAACACUCAAAACACAAGAACCCAGCUGUUUGACGUUGGAUUUACUGAUCCUGAAUUACUGAAAGUGGAACUAAUUCAUAAUUUUAGCAUUUUAAGCCUGGCUGUCCUGCGGAGGUAAAGUUCAGUGACUGCAUUCUUGGUGGACAUUUCUUUUGAUAUGUAUGAAGGUUUCACUGACUUACCUGAUUAAUCGAAUUAGAUCAGAACGGGGACAGUCCGCUUUGGCGCACGGAUGUCUGUCGGAGUAGCAGCGUGUGCGCGGUUGAUUCUCUGAUGUCAUUAACUCCCAUGGCUUACCCACCGCUAGGAUACCCGUACUCACCUAGACACCAGUUCUUGAUGACCUCGAGCUCACUGGCCAGCUGUCUUGAGCCCAGUGGAAGGUCUGUCGUGGACAGCCUGUCAGCCCCCUCUCAUUCGCCCCACAGUUGUCCGGUUUACUCGAGCAGAGUUCUUAGUUCUCCAGGGCACGAGCUGACUCCCCCCGCCGGUAUCGGUGUCUACAGUGGCGCCUAUAAAAGCCAAGGGUAUUACAGCACGUGCGCCAGCGACGCCACAGCCCUCUAUUCCAGGGGAACACUUGACUCCAAAGACGGAGCUGGGCCAGCCCACGUGGGCCCACAGGCCCCUGCAUAUUACCCCUACGACUAUGCGUUUGGACAAUAUCCGUACGACAGAUACGGGUAUGCAAGUGCGGACGGAGCAUCACGUCGUAAGAACGCGACCCGGGAGACCACGAGCACUCUGAAGGCCUGGCUGCAGGAGCACCAGAAGAACCCGUACCCCACCAAGGGGGAGAAGAUCAUGCUGGCCAUCAUCACCAAGAUGACACUGACACAGGUGUCUACCUGGUUUGCAAAUGCGCGCAGGAGACUAAAGAAAGAGAACAAGGUGACUUGGUCCCCGCGUGCUAAUAAAGGUUCAGAUGACCGAGGCCUUGAUGACGACAGCGAUGGCGGAGAGGAGUCUAUGGAGGAACAGCCAAUGAAAAGCCUUGCCGAUGAAGGGCAGCGUUCGGAUCUCCAGCAGCGUGAUCUGGAGGACUUUGAUCUGCUUGAAUCAGACUGUUCUGAUGGAGAACUGAAACAGCAGUUUGACACAAAGAGCAUUUCCAUACAAACAGGCCGCCCAUCAGACUCUUGUCAUAGGCCUUGUUCUCACACCACAGACACAUUUCAGAGAAUCGAAAGCUUGUCUACAAACGCUCCAAAACUGCCCCCAGAGCAAACCCCACCAGAUAUAGACAGCAAACCAAAAAUCUGGUCAAUCGCGCAAACUGCAGUUUCUUUCAAUUCCGCUAUUCAACCUGAGUAUCUUUCCUGCAUGCUGUUGUCCACCGGAGCCUCCCUCCCGGGCUAUCUGUCAGACGUGGGGCCUAACCCUAACCCUAGAGACCAGGGCUAUCUGUCAGACGUGGGGCCUAACCCUAACCCUAGAGACCAGGGAUAUCUGUCAGACGUGGGGCCUAACCCUAACCCUAGAGACCAGGGCUAUCCAUCAGAAAUGGGGCUGGCUGCGUCUCAUAGAGACCAGGGCUCUCCGGUCACAACGCUCAGAGAAUGGGUUGAUGGAGUUUUCCAUGACCCCCCACUGUUCCAUCCACGACCGCUGAACCAGACGGCCUCCAAGCAAACCACGGCAUGGAAACGGUUAAACGGAUCCUCAAUGGAAACUCAGGGACGUUUGUUUGAACACAUUGCCUCCUCUCUACAGCACGUCUAG